CAAUCGACAUUUACGUCCACGGUCGUCCACGAACGCCAAGUCGCCGCGCUACAACCCAUACGCGACCGCGUACGCUCAACAUGCUGACAAGUUUGCAUCGGAAUCCCCUGUAGGCUCGCCAUCCAUGCUCUCGCCUACUUCACCAUCGUCGAAGAAGCCGCGGAGGCACUCCAACUCUUUGCCGGUGCCAGUUCCAGUGCCUAACUUGACAAAGAAAUCGAGAGGACGGCGUGUGCCUACAGUGACUACUCUCAGCGGCACUUCUCAUAGCAAUGUUCGAGGCGUGCACGUGCGUCCCAGCGAAAGUGCUCUCAACGGCCGGAUGUUUGCAUGUCAAGUCUCUGGCUGUGGCAAGCUAUUUGCAAGGGGCGAACAUCUCAAACGGCAUGUGAGAAGUAUACACACAAAUGAGAAACCGCAUAAGUGUCCUUACCCGGGGUGCGGAAAGGACUUCAGUCGGCACGAUAACCUCGGGCAGCAUAUGAGGGUGCACAAAGAUUAUCCCAAGAUGAAAGAUAAGGUCGCUGAAAGGUCAUGGUGAAGAUCAGAUGUUCGAUAUGAUGUGCGCAGGUUCGCACUAUCAUUUCCUGCAGCGACGGUAAGAUCCUUACCACCCUUUCAUCAAGAACAAUGCCUCUGCGGUGACGGGACGAGUUAGGAGCCUUUACCGAUUCUUUCCGCUGUUUUUUCUAAAUAUUACGCUAGACGUAACCCAUCUCUCGUUCUGCCACGUUUAUGCUAUCGCACCCCUCUCUAUGUCCAUCCUUUAUUCUUUUUUUGUCGUUUUCAUGGACUUGUGUAUAUUCUGUCUUAUUCGUUUUACCGCUCGUCUCUCACCGUAGCGCCCGAAUUCAUCCUGGACCUGUCCCGCAGCGAGUAAGCGCGCGCCUGUGCACUGCUUCCUCAUACCUUCAUGCAUGGUAUUAGGGAUAUUCCUAUGGUCUAUGUAACCGCUGUUGUCCCAUCACCGUUCUCAUGACACAUCAUUCCAACGACUUCUCUCCAUGCUUUUCACCGCCGUCGCCCAAGAUCAUAUUACCCAUCAUCCGUGCUAUUUCUGCCAUCUCGGCGGCCACCAUCACUGCUGCGCUGUACCUCUUCUGGUUGUGACUCUGACGACGACUCUUUUUCCUUUGUGGCGCGCACAGUGGCUCUUGCUCGGUCCCGACAUGGUAUAGCUGGACACCGCUUUUCCUGUUCGGUAGAUGUGACUGGGUAUCUGCGGCGGCUUGCCUUUUCCUUUUGGCGUCUUGGUGCGUCUCGUCGCGGAAAUUAACAAACCUAUCAGGUCUUCCAUCUCCAUCACGAACCCCUACGACUCUCUGAUGCCCUCACGCUGUAUUCUAUCCCGCAAUCAAUCCCUCCUCAUAGGGUUUACCUUGUAACUUCACUUUUUCGCAUUGGGACAGUCACGGACGGCUAUUUUCCUUUUUCUCUAUCUUGUUGUCUCACACAUUGUAACUGCGCAAUGUAAGCUGUAGCGUAUGAAAGUACGUUAUGCUUGUAAAGUAUGUUAUGGGUUUCUGGUUUUAUUAGGGGUUUUUUCUUUUCUGUGUCCAAGAUUGGUUUUCAUUCCAGUCUUACAAAGGCUGUAUUUCCUACGUAUGUAGCUAUGGUAUGAGUGUGUCGGCAUGGCAUAUGAUAUCGGUGUCAUUAUUUCAAA